AUGAUACAAGCAGCACCCCGGUUGCCUUGGAAAGGCGUGAAGGAAUGCAAGAGCUGCCUGCGGGAGAUCACGGACCCAGCGGAGCUGCCCUGCAGCCACAUCUUCUGCACCCGCUGCAUCCUGGAGUGGGAGAACAAGCAGUGUAAGAUCUGCAAGGAGCAGUUCCCGGAGGAUUACACCCCCACGGCUUCGGAGGCCACAAGGGAAGCUGUCGCCUGUCACAACAAAUUCCGGAGGAAAUGCAAUUCCUUCUUCGUUGAGUUCAUCACCAUGUACUUUUUGGGCGACAGGGAGGCGCCGUCUGCCAAAAUCAUUCAGCAACUGAUCAAGUUUGUGGCUUGCAAGCCCAACCCUGAGCAUCAGGCGCGGAAAAAGGUGUACAAGCCGAAAAGCAAGUUGUCGCCCUUUGAGGAGUGCAUGGACACCAGCCCCACCAUCCAGUCGUCCCUCCUGAAGCUGCUGCUGCGCUGCGGGUUCAACAACGUCAAGGUUCACUUGGAAGAAUACCUGUCCACGAUGGAGGAGAUAAUAACCAACCAGAGUAACGUGGAGCACUUCUACUUCAUGGUGGUGCACUGCCUGGAGGAUUUUAUGUAUCCUUCUUCCGAAGAAGACGUCAGCCAGCUCGCAGAAAGCUGCCUCUCCACUGCAGACCUGUCCGCUUCCUGCGAGCCCCAGGCCUCAAAAAUUGACACCCUCCAGUUCAUCGCCCGGCUCCGGCUCUCCAUCAGCCACGUGGCCACCGUGCUUGGCAGGCAGAUGCUUUCCGAUCCCAACGCGCCCGCUGCCGAGGAGAACGAGAAGGAGCGAGACCUGGUGAACGCCAUGAAGAAGCUGGUGGCGACGGCUCCGACGCCGUGGCCUCAGGUGUUCCUCAUCAGAAAUCUCGUUGACACCUACGGGCUCACCCCGACGUGGAAGAUGCUCCAGGUGGAGAAGUGGAUCUUACCCCCAGGGGUAGAAAUUUCGCAGGUGGGGUUUUUUUUUCUUGAGCCCUAG